CUGUUUUACUUUCAGGACGAGGAAAGAUUGCGAAGGCGGCAUCAAAUACCUUCAGGACCAGAGCGGGAACACGCGCUGUCUUCCAAAUACGAAAGCUUGAACUACGAAGUCAUAGAAAAUCAGCUGUACAAAGAUGAAGAGGCUGAACCGAAUCAUCACAUUCGCCUAUGGAGACGGUCGCGCAAUCGAUGGAUUGUUUGUUUUUUUAUUGGCUUUUUCACCGCUGUUGUUGCGGCUGGGAUAGACAUAAUGGUUCACAUCAGUCAAGAAAUCAAAUUUGGAGUUAUUAUAAAACAGUGUCCGUUUCAUUCUAAUACCUCACUAACUUUGCUCGGAUUCAGUUUUACAGUGCUAACAAAGUGCGAUAAGGAGACAGAACUGACUGGUGACGGAUGCAUGUGGACGGUCGAAGCUGCCUGGAUGUGUUACAACUGUAUACUCGUUGGGAUUGCUGGUUGUUUGGUGAUUUUCUGGGCUCCCAUUGCUGGUGGAUCUGGUAUACCUCAAAUUAAGUGCUUUCUCAAUGGAAUCCAAAUACCUGAAGUGGUGAUGCUAAAAACCUUAGUGUCGAAAGCCGUAGGUGUUGCCUGUGCCGUUGGAGGAGGUCUUUCAGCUGGGAAAGAGGGACCAAUGAUUCAUUCUGGGGCUGUUGUUGGAGCUGGAUUGUCGCAAGGACGAUGUCAAUCUAUACCUUUUGAUACGGGUCUUUUUAAGGAAUUUAGGAACGAUAGGGAACGGCGUGAUUUUGUUUCCGCUGGUGCAGCGGCCGGAGUGGCUGCAGCCUUCGGUGCACCAAUUGGUGGCGUUCUUUUUUCUCUGGAAGAAGGCGCAAGUUUUUGGAAUCAAAAUUUGACAUGGAGAAUGGUAGGCCAUCAAAUAUUUUUCUUCUCAGCUAUGAUCUCAGCUUUCACUGUGAAUUCUAUUCUGAGUUGGUACAAUGGUCGUAGUGGAUGGUUGUCAUGGACGGGUCUAGCUAAUUUUGGUGUGUUCGAGAAUAAAAACUACAAUAUUUGGGAAAUUCCGUUCUUUUUGGCUGUUGGUGUUAUCGGAGGUCUCACAGGCGCUUUGUUCAAUCAUCUCAACUCGAAGUUAACUCAGUUCAGGAAGAAAUACGUCUCGAGUAAGUGGCGGCGUUUAAUGGAGUGCUUUGUGGUGGCGGCUAUGUCUGCCUUCACGGGUUUUGUUACUCUUUUUCUUGUGGAUGACUGCCAACCUGUUGGUAUCAAUCCAAAUAUAACUGAAGUCAAUCAGAUGUGGUGCAAAAAAGGUGAGUACUCAGCUGUGGCGAAGUUGUUCUUCCAAAAUCCAGAAGAGAGCGUGAAAUCACUAUUUCAUAGUCCUAUGAGUAAGCUUUCGCCGAAUUCAUUUCGACCUUCAACAUUGCUAAUAUUUUCUGUUGAGUACUACCUGUUGACUUUGUGGACCUUUGGGCUUUCUGUACCAGCUGGGGUCUUCAUCCCUGCAAUCCUUACGGGUGCCGCUUGGGGACGUUUGUUUGGGCUUGGCGUGGGACGGGCGUUUCCUAAUAUUACAGGGAUUGAUCCGGGCAAAUACGCAUUGGCUGGUGCAGCUGCGCAGUUGGGAGGUCUUGUAAGAAUGACCAUAUCCCUUACUGCGAUCAUCAUGGAAGCCACUAAGGAUAUAACCUUCGGUCUCCCAAUCAUGUUAGUGUUAAUGGUUACAAAGUGGGUUGGCGACAUAUUUAAUGAAGGAUUAUAUGACAUCCACAUUGAUAUACAGGAAGUACCUAUCCUUGGAUGGCAUCCCCCGAAGAUGAGCCGAAAUAUCCUAGCAGAGAAAGUCAUGCGUUCUGACGUGGUUGCUAUGGAACGUCGAGAACGGGUUUCUCGAAUCGUAGCCGUGUUGCAAACUACAAAUCAUCAUGGAUUCCCAGUCGUAGAUCGCAUUGACGAAUCAACGCAUUCAACUCUUCCAGACUAUGGUCAUCUGAAAGGGAUGAUUCUUAGAUCUCAACUAAUCACUCUUUUAGAAAAGAGAGUCUUCUAUUCCGAGAUGGAAGGUUUUGAAGGUAUUAGUCGAAUGGGUAUUGUGAAGCUUAGUGACUUCUUUGACGAAGAUGUUCAGCAAGACAAAUCUGUCGACUCAUUAGGUCUGACCGUUUCGGAUGAGCAAUGCUGGAUGGAUCUUGAACCGUUCAUCCAUCCUCAUCCUCAUCGCGUUCCUCUAAAUGCUUCAUUGCCGUUUAUUUUCCAACUCUUUCGAGGUCUCGGAUUACGAUAUCUAACUGUGGUUAAUGACGAGAACAAGCUGCGUGGUAUAAUCACGCGGAAGGACGUGGCUAGAUUCCGUGAGCGUCGACUUAACAGAAUGUACCAGGUUCAGGAGUUAUAUAUUGCUGAGGAUCAUCCAAAUUGA